UGAUCGUGCUGUCCAAUGUUCAGGUCGGGCUUUUUCACUUUCAGGACGGUCUGUCCGGUGGUCGGGUUGUCUGGAUCGCAGUAUGAGUGUACCUCCACGUCGACGGAUCCUUACUGUGUGAACGCCUUCUUACACACGAAUUCAUCGCCAGAUCUACCGGAUUUCUCCCUUAGUUUUCCAAUUUAUCCGCACGGGAGACACAGCUUAAGAUCCCAAGACACUAAAGUGAGCUUCACCAUGGGUGGGACUUUCACCAGAUUGUUCAGUAAUUUAUUCGGCAAGAAGGAGAUGAGAAUAUUGAUGGUGGGCUUGGAUGCUGCUGGAAAGACCACAAUCCUCUACAAACUCAAGCUUGGAGAAAUUGUCACAACUAUUCCCACGAUAGGUUUCAACGUAGAGACGGUGGAGUACAAGAAUAUAAGCUUUACAGUGUGGGAUGUUGGUGGUCAAGACAAGAUCAGACCACUGUGGAGGCAUUACUUCCAGAACACACAAGGUCUUAUUUUUGUUGUAGACAGCAAUGACAGAGAACGUAUACAUGAAGCCAAAGAGGAGCUAAACCGUAUGCUAAAUGAAGAUGAACUCAGAGAUGCUCAUCUACUGGUGUUUGCUAACAAACAGGAUCUUCCCAAUGCCAUGACCGCUGAUGAUGUGUCCACGGCCCUAAUGCUGCAAAAUACGCGUAGCCGAAAAUGGUACAUCCAGUCAACUUGUGCUACCUCAGGAGAUGGUCUCUACGAAGGUCUAGACUGGCUCUCCAACGAACUUAAAAAGAGUAACUGAAGAAUGGAAAUACUUGCUGUCCAUUAAAUCAGUGUAGGUGGUAAUACUGUUAUGCUACCCCCAAAAAAGAAAAAAAAAGUCAAAUUGAAAUGGUGGUGAGAUUUUUCUUUGUACAAAAGAGAGAGAGGGUUUUAUAAAUUAUUUGCAUCUCUGUAGUACUCUCCUAAAUCCAGACGAUUAAAGAUUAUUAGGAUACAUAUCACCUUUGCUCCAAAAAUGAGUCGACCAGAGUGGAUUUAUUUUUCUUACACAGUUAGACUGUAACAUGUUCAGAAGGUACAUGUAGCUUAAACAUGGUUGUGAAAGCUUUAAUAUUCAUUAGAACAAGCAGUUUGAAAUCUGAGGUUUCCUAAAAUUCUCAUCGAUCCCCUUAAGAUAACAAUCUAUCUAGAAAUAAUCUAUUCCUAGGAACAUUAUUAUUCUACCAUAUUCCUAACAUGCAAAAAGUUUUACUCUAUGCGAAUGCAGGGCAGUUUUAUGUGUGUCAUAUAUUUGACCGACUAAAAAAAACCUCCAGCAAAUCUAUGUGCCAUUUUGUAGCAGAAACGAUUCUUAUAUGUUGUAUGUUACAUAUUGAUCAUAGCACCGGUCCAUUGUGAACAUGAUGUGCUAUUUCAUCAAUUAAAAGAAAAUUAAAUGAGCAAGAAGUUGGUCCAAAGCAGAGAUAUACAUUUAUUUAUCAAGAGUCCUGACUUUGUCAGUUCUUUGUGUGAAUUGAACAGUUUUUUGUACUACUUCUGGAGUUGUGCAAGUAUAAUACAUGGUUCUUAGCAAAGGAAAAGGUUGACUUGUUUAAUUUCUUUCCUUAUGUUCUCCAGUUAAAGUUUGUUUCGGCCUCCAUGUUAGGACAUAUUUAUGGCAACAUAACAUGCAUUGGUGUUUCAAUUUUGAAAUAUGUAUUAUUUAAGAGCUAUAUUAAUCUGAUAUUUUAGCCCAUUGGAAAUAUACACAGAAAUUAAAGCUUUCUUGAUUAUAUGGUUCAUCAUAACAUGUGGCAUCAAAACUGAAAAGGAACACACGUAAUAGAAUGAAAUAAUAUGUAUUCUUAUUCUUGACGGUCAGUGGAGUAAAAAAAAAGUUAAGGUUCAUAUCUAACUGCCUAAUCUAGGCAGGAAUAUUGUAUCUAUAUUGAAUUGCAUUGGCAUUAAUCUAUUUUUGCCACUCUCCACCCAGAUGCUCUACGGUUACUACUGGCAUUUCCAGUUUGGUUCAGUCACCCGACAUUCAUUAAUAAAUGAAAAUUACAACCUCUCUGCUUGAUAAAACGGUUCCAUGACAUUUGCUCUGGCGACAAUUGCUCCACUAUGAAUUCCACACACUAAAUGGAAUCGCCAACUUCAACCAUGGAUUUUAACACUAUACCCUAUCUUGAACCUAACCCUAAACCUAAAAUAAAACCCUGUUGCAACCCUAACCCCAAAUCAUAGACAAAAUAAAGCCCUGAGCAAUUGUCGCAGGAGAAAAUGUCGCGGAAACGGUAUAACGGUAUGUUGGUCCAUUUGCGACGUGAAAUCUGAACCAGCCCCAUGUUUUCAUGUGUGUAUUCCAUGCGUGCAGUGGUGCUCAAUGAUACCAAAAUUGGCUUUCUUUAAAGCGGAGCAGACCCAUAAUUCAAUAUUAAACGAUCAAAUUGUUUAUAUGUGGUUUGAUCAUAAAAUCACGGUCUAAAUUAUAGACUCGAGAAAAUAUUUUAUAGUCAAAGUAGACCAACAACAGCAUUCCCAAACUUCCAUUUCAAUAUCUUUUUUAACAUUUAAGAUUGAAUAGAUGUGGGAAAACUUUAUAUUUAUUUAUUCAUUCUUUUUCAUCUUCUUGUUGCUGUACAUGUAAGUGUGGGAUUCAUAGUGUGAUGCUCACUAUUAUUACAUUCCAUGUGUAUUAUAUAAAUCAUUAGUAACUGUUUUUCGAAAGUGUUUUUCACUUUUAUCGUAUAUCACAUUUUCCAUUUUGUACAAAAAAAUGGUUCAACCAGUGAAAUUGGAAUGAGACAAUAACCUUCAUUCCAUUAAGCCUGCAUUCGAACCCAAUGCAGGAAAGUGGUGUAAUUUCCUUCAGCAAGGAAUUGAUCCAUAUUGUGCUGAACUUGACCGAGUUGUGGUAAAUGAGUACCCGAUAGGAUUAAUUCCUUGAAUAUAAGUUAGCGCUGCUGAUAAAGUGGUAGCUCGAGCUAAUGCCAGGGUAAUAAUAAUAAUAUGGACUAUUUAUGUAUCGCAGCUACUAUAUUGAUAUAACCUACUGCACUUAACAUUUGGUAUCAUAUUAAUAAACCGGCUGUAGCUAAGCCGCCAAGCCCGCCAUAUAGGCGCUCAAGCAUUUGAGGAAUUGCGUCCUACCGGGUACCCAUUCACCGAGCACCUGGGGAUGAGUGCAGCACAAUGUGGGUAAAUAUCUCGCUGAAGGAAAACAUGCCAUGGUUUGGGAAGCAAAGUGAUAGCAAACCCAUGUCCCUCAGAGUGAAAGACGAGAGUCAUUACCACUAGACCACGAUGCUCCCACUCAUACUGAUAGUUGCGCUUUGUAUUUUGUGGCAAAAAGUGCUACAUGUACAUAAAUCCAGCUAUUAUUAUUAUUAUCAUUGAAUUAAAAUGACCCUAACAUUAUUAUAGAUGGAGACUCAACUCUGUCUUCUCACAAAGAGCACGCUUUAAAAAAACCUACAUAGGACUUGCUGUUUAGGAUUUACUGAUUUUGUAUUCUGAAAAGUAACCCUCAUUUCAUACAGUCCUUUAUAGGAGAAGUGACCAUGAAGGUGGAUGCUUGUAUGAAAACUGGGGGGUGUUUUACAAAGGGUAAAGUGUGUCUUAAAGUCAUGCUUAGUGCUAACACGCACAUUAUAUGUAACACAAGAUCUUACUGAUUAAUACACAGCACGUGUCCUCUUAUUUAUGAUUUGACCAAUGUGAUUCCUUUUAUAUGGCACCCAAUUGGACAUUUAAGUGUGACUCUAAGUCAUACUUAACUCUUCGUGAAACACCCCCCAGUAGUCUGUACAUGUUAUACAUGUACAUACACAUUAUUUAUUAAGUUCUCUAACAUUAGUGGCAUCUUAACGUACAAAACAGUAAAGGAAGUAUGGUACAAGGAAAUAUUAAUAUAUUGUUAUAAUCAUAAUGUAUAUUCAUGCUUAAGAAUUUUAUUGGAUUUGAAUUACUGGCUUAUCCUAAAGCCCUAAUAUGAUAUGCUUGUAUGUUUUUAUUUAUUUAUUUUUAUUUUCUUGUAGAUGCAUGUUGUACUGGGAUAAUGUAUAUACAUUGAGGCAGUGGGGUAUUAUGUUCUGUUUAUAUAUUGUAAGCAUCUUGUAGGUAUUUUGAUUUUAAAUACCGUAAACAAAGAGUGUCACGAAAUAAAAUGCCACUCCUGCUCUUAACCGAUGACAACACGUAUUGUGCUCGCACCAGUAAUCCUAAUUUUUAGGUGGGGUCCAUCUACCAUACAGGCAUUUUUUUUGUUUUAAAAUACACAUUUAUGUACUAUCAAGUACUGUAGUUUAAUCCCAAUUAUGUAUGUACUGCAUUAUUGUCUUAUUGUAGAUGAUUUCCAGAAUUUUAGGCAAAUGUGAUGACAAAUUUUCACUAUUAAAAAUGUUUAAAAAGUA